AUGAAGACUUUCCACAAAGGUGAAGACAUUACCUUAAACCUCAACGUCUCCCCUUAUUUUCGCGGAAUUCUUCGAGGAUUUGCUCACGAUAUAUCAGAAGGAUGUACACUUGAUGGCACACUUAUUAUGAACGUUCAUCAUCCAACAAAAAUUAAACGACUAGAAACGAAAUUAUCAGGUCAAGCUCGAGUCAACUUUCGAACAUAUAACUCAAUGGGUGUUCCAACAACAGACGGUCAAGAAGAAAGAAUGAUUUAUCUCAAGAUAAAUACUUACGUUGAUCAAACAAAGGCUUAUGAACCAGGCACAUAUUGUUUCCCAUUUACAUUUCAUAUUCCACCGACUGUUCCUCAUACAUUAAAUUCCAAAUAUGGACAAAUCUAUUACACUUUAAAUGCAACAGCUUCUCGAACGGUGCUCAAGUCAGACGUUCAUGUCGAACAACCUAUUUUCCUACGCCGCUGCUUAAUGGACGAUCUUAAUCCCGUAGCACCAGCAACACAAACAAUAGUUGGAAAAAUGCACCCUGAAAUUGUUUCGUAUUCAGCAACAGCACCAUCUAUGGUUUAUGCAGAAGGUGGGCUCCUGACACUUAAUUUUCAAGUACAUCUAAAAGAUUUCAAUAAAUACUCUGUACGGACAGUGACUUGUGGUCUUCAAGAGAAUCAGUAUUUUAGAACAACAGGCCGAUAUUCAUUAACAAAUCAAGCGGCGCACUACAACAAGAGUUUUUUCCCUCUUGGAUGCAGUACCUUUUUCCCUUCCAAGCAUCCAGAGUAUAAUCCUGCUGAAUUACAUCACUACAAUGCUUUAUUUCGAUUAUAUCCUCGCGUACAAACAGACAACAAAUCAAAACUGAUAGCAGUUCAACACCAACUCGUAAUUUGUAUGAUUAUUGACGAU